UUCGCUCGUACGCUCCGUGCAAAGCGGACUUAAGUAGUAGAGGCUCGUUAUCGCCGACGUCCUCGUCGUUUGUUGUAGUCGACCCGUAGCAGAACGGACGGAUCGAGGCCGAAGAGGACGCAGCUGGAGCACAUCGGGAUAUUAAAGUUGAAAAACGCGCGACGUAGACCAACGAGGAGUCCGUUCGUGUAAUUUGUCGCAAGCGGAAGUGAAGAGCUCAUACGCAUCACCCUUUGCUACAUCAAGUGAGCACUAUCAGGCCGAGAAUUGACAAUUUAAAUAAAGAGGCCCAAGUCGGUCGUCAAACUAAGAGAAAUCAUCUAAAUUAAGAAAGAGGAGUGACAAAGAAGACAUGAUGGCAGUCGCAGCCGCUCAGAAGAACCGCGAAAUGUUCGCCAUUAAGAAGUCUUACAGUAUUGAGAAUGGGUAUCCAGCGCGACGACGUUCUCUCGUAGACGAUGCCCGUUUUGAGACGCUGGUCGUCAAACAGACAAAGCAAAGCGUGCUCGAGGAAGCUCGACAACGAGCGAAUGACACGAACGCGGAUCAGACAACAAUUACGUGUACUCAGGAACAACAGGGUCAGGGAGAGUAUUAUGUCGAUGUUUCAUCAAGUGACGACGAGCAGGUGGAGUCGUUAGUUUGCGCAGCGAAGAAGGAAGAAGCGAAAGCGGAGGCUUCAGACAGCGAUGGAAAACCGGAUGACGAUGACGAUGAUGAUGCCGGGCUAACGGAGGAAGAAGUAGUGCUCGCAAAAACUAUAGCCGAAUCUCCAGAGAGCGAGUACAGCGUGCAGAAGGCGGCGCUGGUAUUAAGAUUGCGAGAGGGCAUCGGUUCUCUGGGCAGGAUCCUGAAGACAAUCGAAAAUUUCAAGGGCACGAUCACCCAUGUCGAGUCACGACCUUCCAAAAAAGAGGGCCUGCAGUUCGAGGUCUUGGUCAAGAUUGACAUGAGCAGACAGAGCCUGUUGCAGCUGAUUAGAAAUCUACGACAGAGCUCGGCCUUGGACGGUGUGACCCUGCUCGCCGACAAUUCCGUCAGCAUUAAAGAUCCCUGGUUUCCCCGUCACGCAUCCGACCUCGACAAUUGCAACCACCUGAUGACUAAAUACGAGCCGGAUCUCGACAUGAAUCACCCGGGUUUCGCCGACAAAGAGUAUCGCGCUCGUCGCAAGGUCAUUGCCGAAAUCGCUUUCGCCUACAAGUACGGCGACCCGAUGCCCAGCAUUCCUUACACAGAAACGGAAAAUGAAACCUGGUCGCGCGUUUUUAAUACUGUGGUGGACCUGGUGCCGAAACAUGCGUGCGUGGAAUACCAGAGGGUUUUCAAGAAAUUACAAGAGGAGAGAAUCUUCGAAUCCCACCGUAUACCGCAAUUGCAGGAAGUCAGCGAUUUUUUGAAGAAGAGUACGGGAUUCACACUUCGACCGGCCGCUGGUCUCUUGACGGCGCGGGACUUCUUGUCCAGCCUUGCCUUUAGGGUAUUCCAGAGCACCCAAUACGUCCGUCACAUCAACAGCCCGUAUCACACUCCCGAACCAGACUGCAUUCAUGAGCUCUUGGGUCACAUGCCGCUUCUGGGUGAUCCUAGUUUCGCUCAAUUUUCGCAAGAAAUCGGAUUGGCAUCUCUCGGCGCCUCAGAUGAAGAAAUCGAGAAGUUAUCAACCAUCUACUGGUUCACGGUUGAAUUCGGUCUUUGUAAAGAAGGUUCCGAAGUCAAGGCUUAUGGUGCUGGAUUGCUGUCAGCCUACGGCGAACUCUUGCACGCACUGAGCGAUAAGUGCGAGCAUCGAGCUUUCGACCCGACAAUUACCGCUCUCCAGAAGUAUCAAGAUCAAGAGUAUCAGCCGAUAUAUUAUGUAGCUGAAAGUUUCGAGGAUGCUAAGGAAAAAUUCCGUCACUGGGUGGCUACUAUGAGUCGGCCAUUCGAGGUCAGGUUCAAUCCGCAUACGCAACGCGUCGAAGUCCUCGACAGUGUUGAUAGACUGGAGAAUCUGAUUUCCCAACUCAAUACCGAGAUGACCCACCUUACGAAUGCCGUCAACAAAAUGAAAGCGAGACAAUUCGCGUAAGAAUGAGAACUUGUGCGUUGUCGUUUAUCGGUUAUUCCUUUUGCGAACCAUCGAACCUCGAGAUCGAUCAUGCACUUAGCCAAUUAAAUAAUCGUUGAAUUCUUGGGUGACAAUAAUUUUCGACAAUCUAUCAAACAACAGCUAUGAUAAUCAUACUUAUUAAAAAACCGUUCUAGUAAUUGUAACAGAGCUUAAUGAGUCUUUUAAUGAUAUAUUUCGAAAGCGUGUUAGUUCAAUCUAGUAAUUUUAGGGAAUUUAUAUAAGACGCGAAAGAUUAAUUUUUGUUUUAAAUAAGAAAAACAUCUUUAUUUGCAUCGAGGCUUUAGUUUCCAGGUUCGGUGGAGCACAUCAUCUCAUUGUUGUCAUUUUUAUUGCGUGAUUCGUCUCUUACGUGUAUAAAGUCAUUCAUUUGCGUUGUUAUACGCGUAUACGCGCGCUUGUUACGCAAAGAGAGUAAGAUUUUCUUGGCAUAAUCGCGAAUGUGUCAGUCCACAUUGCGUAUUUAUUGUGUUAUGAUCCGUCAAGAUAAUCAACUUAAUUGAAAAAUUAAUCAUGUUGAUGUAAUUCGUGACAGCCCAUUCUCUUGCCCUCGAGUGUCUUUACAAAGCGCUAAAUGGGCGGAAAUACAUAUCACAAGGCUAUCUUCGAAUAAACAGAAUGGCAUUAUUUUUUACCGAUAGCUGCGCGUACACGCGUAUAAAUGAUUUUCACAUUACUAUUACAUUAUUAUUAAUUAUUAUUUCGUUCUAUUCUUUUACAUAAUAUUGUAUUAUUACGUUAGUAUAUUAUGUUAUUGUGCAUGAAUUUGCUUAAUCCAGCAAACACUGGCAUCUGCCCCGAUAUUUCGUAGUCUACACUUAGCAAAAGUUAUAACGCGAGAUGGUUGUCGCUAAGAAUUGUCGUAGUCUCGUAGAACUUGUAGAGCUCGCGGGAUUGAUUCCUCAUCGCGAUAGAUAUUUGUUGUUCAAACUUGAGCGUACAGUAUUCCCUUCUUUCGCGAAUUAAUUGACACACGACGGCUGUAUGAGGUCGUUGGGCAGUAUUCCCGGAUUAGCUGAUAAAAAAUGAACGUUUAGCGAAUGUUCUUAUCGAUUUGUCGCACUUAAUUUAGAAUUUACCUGCAUCGAAUUAAACAGUAUUUCGUAAAGAAUAUGCUUAAGUUGUGUUCUUACUUAGAUAGCAUCUAGACGUUGUAUCGCUUCUUGUUCGAUCGAACUCUUUGGAGACUAGGUAGUCCCCAAACAGUUCCGGAAGUCACGAAGCGACGUUGCUUUAGAAGAGAUACUAUUUAGCGAGUAGUGCGAGUCCCCGCUUGCGCACGCUAUCCCUAUCGCAUCGACUCGUAUGAAAUAUUUUUCUCGUACGUGUACGUGCGUGUAACCCACCCUCGUUAGAUUGUAGUAAAGACGGUCAAUACAUAUGACAUGUUUCCUUUGUAUUAUAUUGUAAAGUACUCAGAGAGCAUAAUAAAAAAUUAAGAUAUGAAUCU